GUCACAUGACGCAAACAGGAAGCGCAGUCUGGAUUCAUCGAUUAUUGAUCUCGAUGAGAAGACGAAAUUACUGCUGUUUCAUCGCUGUUACCAUGGCAAUAAUCGUCUUUAUCGUGUUCUUGUUGGGAAUCAUCAGCUCGCACACGAGUGUGGCAUCCAGAUCUAAAAGUGACUUUAAGGUUUCGGGGAAGGUGCUGUAUAAACUGGACAUCUCGUGGCCCAAAAACCCCGAGCAUUUCACCGGUCAGGUGUUUGGAGUGGCUGUCAAUCAUCUCGCUGGUUUAGUGUAUGUGGCACAGAGAGGUGAUAAUGUUCCUAAAGUGUUAGUGUUCAGUACUGAUGGAGAGUUCCUGCAAGCGUGGAAUACCAGCACACUGGAGAUGCCUCAUGGGAUUUUCCUGGCCAACCCUUCAUCCGACCCCUCAGUGUGGAUCACAGACGUCGGGGAUGGUCCGUACGGGCACACUAUAAAGCAGUAUUCCCCAUCGGGAAAGCUGCUGCAGGUUUUAGGAUCUCCAGGGAAAGCGGGAUCAUCGCUCAGUCCACUUCAGUUCGACCAGCCAGCGGAAAUAUUCAUCCACACCUCUGGAGAAAUCUAUAUAGUGGACGGAGACGGCGGCUUGAACAACCGCCUCAUUAAACUGUCUAAAGAUCUGCAGGUGUUGUGGAUGCACGGAGAGAAAGGACAGGGACUCGCUCAGUUCUACAUCCCUCACAGUGUGGCCGUCGACAACUACCAGAGAGUGUGGGUAGCAGACAGAGGGAAUAAGCGCUUUCAGGUGUUUAAUUCAGUGACCGGUGAUUGGCUCGGAUCCUGGGGAAGCUGUUUUAAAGAAGACGCUCCGUAUUCUGUCAGAUUCACACCUGACCAGAAGUACAUGGUGGUGGCGCAGUUAAACAUCAAUCAGGUCACACUGCUGGAGGCGCCACCUGUUGGCAUCAUCGGUCAGUGUCAGGUGAUCAGCACCAUGCAGCUGGCAGAAGACGUCAAACCUCACCUGGUGGAUCUGGACCAGAGGAGCGGAGAUCUGUAUGUGGCUGAAAUCGGUGCCGAUCAGGCCCAGAGGUUUGUUCCUGUAACACGUGUUUAAAAAUCACCGAGUCAUUCAGAGAAGCACAGGAGGAAGAGAUCAAUAAACCUGAGAUGUGACGGGAUUGGCUGGAGAAUAACCGUGUGCCACACUUACAGUCCAAACACUGAUCUACAAUCAGAGCUUAAUUUGAAAUCAGAAAUGGGACGUUGAUUUGAGAUGCUUGAUUCACUCUGCAUAUAAGAAUCAUUGUGUGUGUGUGUGUGUGUGUGUGUGUGUGUGUGUGUGUGUGUGUGUGUGUGUGUGUGUGUGUGUGUGUGUGUGAAUGAAAGAGUGUGUGUGUGUGUGUGUGUGUGUGUGAAUGAAAGAGUGUGUGUGUGUGUGUGUGUGUGUGUGUGUGUGUGUGUGUGUGUGUGUGUGUGUGUGAAAGAAAGAGUGUGUGUGUGUGUGAAUGAAAAAGUGUGUGUGUGUGUGUGUGUGAAAGAAAGAGUGUGUGUGUGUGUGUGAAUGAAAGAGUGUGUGUGUGUGUGUGUGUGUGUGUGUGUGUGUGUGUGUGUGUGAAUGAAAGAGUGUGUGUGUGUGUGUGUGUGUGUGUGUGUGUGUGUGUGUGAAUGAAAGAGUGUGUGUGUGUGUGUGAAUGAAAGAGUGUGUGUGUGUGUGUGAAUGAAAGAGUGUGUGUGUGUGUGUGUGUGUGUGUGAAAGAAAGAGUGUGUGUGUGUGUGAAUGAAAAAGUGUGUGUGUGUGUGUGUGUGAAAGAAAGAGUGUGUGUGUGUGUGAAUGAAAGAGUGUGUGUGUGUGUGUGAAAGAAAGAGUGUGUGUGUGUGUGUGUGUGUGUGAAUGAAAGAGUGUGUGUGUGUGUGUGUGUGUGUGUGUGAAUGAAAGAGUGUGUGUGUGAAUGAAAGAGUGUGUGUGUGUGUGUGUGAAUGAAAGAGUGUGUGUGUGUGUGUGUGUGUGUGUGUGUGUGAAAGAAAGAGUGUGUGUGUGUGUGUGUGUGUGAAUGAAAGAGUGUGUGUGUGUGUGUGUGUGUGUGUGUGUGUGUGUGUGUUCUCUACAUAGUUGAUUUUAUAUUGUUUGUUUGAGCUGAUGGUGAUUGUAAACAUGAUGUUUGAAUGAAACUGUGAUUGUUUAUUCAGUAGUUAUUGUUGUUUAUCCUGUUGUUGUGCAAUGGUACAUGUAUUCAGACUUUGUUUAUAAGUUCAUAAUCUUUAUGAGGAAUCUAUAUGAUGAAUUAAAAUCUGUGUGUGUCUCGAUGGCGUUUCUAUUUCUACCCUGAAGAUUCCCGUCUGUCCACUUGUGAUGAAUAGAUAUAAAGACAUUAUAACGACUGAUGUUUCUUGUUUAUCUUGUAUGCAUUGAGAUGUUUACAGUGUUUGUUUGUGGUGUUGAUCGAUCAGCUGAAUGAUGCAGAACUGGUUUGAUAAUCAGUAAGAUUAUUGGCUUAUUUGAUUGUGUUUGACAGGUGAAAUCGAGUCAUAUUAUGGAUGAUAUGUGAAUAUAUAUUCCAUAAAGUCUCAUUUGUGUUUAUAUUGCACUUUUGAAUUGUAGCGGAGUAAAACCAUCUAAAUGUGUAUUUAAAUAAAUAUAUUCCUUCCAUUUA